CAGUUACUUCUCGAGGGGGGGGGGGGGGUCACUGAAAUGGGAUCAAGAGCAGGAGCCCUUCUCUGCUGCUGCAGCAGAAAGAAAGAGGUGGAGACUGUAACAAAUCAGAGGAUUUCAACAAGCGCCACGAGUCGAAUGGGAGGCCAGGAAUAUUAUUCAGUACAUCUAUAGGCAGGAGCAGGUAGGCAGAAGUGCAAAGCUCACUUUAACAAUGGCUGAUGCACCUAUCUUCAUUGGGGCAGCUGAGGUGGCUGACUUGCUGCAGUAUGGUGCAUUGCUGCCGGUGCUGGAGAGAGCGCUGGUUGACUUCAGCAAGCAUGACGGUAUGGUGGUGCAGCCUGUCCGCAGCACAGUCCCUGUGGAUAAGCAUAAUGGGUUCCUUGGAGUGAUGCCGGCCUACAUGACUGAAUCUGACACCUUAGCCACAAAGAUUGUGCGGUUUUAUCAUCAGACGGCUUUUGGGACCUCCUCUCAUCAGGCAACUGUGCUGCUGUUCAACCCGAGUGAUGGCAGCUUGAGAGCUAUCAUGGAUGGAACGGUCAUCACGGAAAUGAGGACUGCAGCAGUUUCUGCCAUAGCAACCAAGUACCUGAAGCCCGACAGACUGGAGACGUUGUGUAUUCUGGGUAGUGGAGCACAGGCCAUCAGUCACUACAACAUCUUCACUCAAAUGUUCCCCUUCAAGCAGGUGCGAGUGUGGAGCCGGAGUAGAGAAUCCGCCGAGAGGUUUGCUGGGCAGGUUCAGGGGCAGGUGCAGGUGUGUACCUCAGCACGAGAAGCUGUGCUUGGGGCUGAUGUUGUGAUCACGGUCACCAUGGCAUCAGAGCCAGUCCUUUUCGGAGAAUGGGUGAAGCCAGGAGCCCAUGUUAAUGCCGUAGGGGCAUGCCGGCCAGAAUGGAGGGAAAUGGAUGAUGCUCUGAUGAAGAAUGCUGUGCUGUAUGUAGACAGCAAAGAGGCUGCAUUGAUGGAGUCGGGAGAUGUCAUACUCUCUGGGGCUGAUAUAUUUGCAGAACUGGGAGAAGUGGUGAAAGGAACCAGACCUGCCCUGUGUGAGAAAACCACACUUUUCAAAUCACUGGGAAUGGCUGUUGAGGAUGCAGCUACCGCUAAGCUGGUAUUUGAUUGCUGGCUAGCCAAAAAGAAGCCAAAAUUGUAACAUCAAAUACAACGAUCAUUUGAAGAAUAAAAUUCACCUCAUCCUAAUCAUCCAUGAAAACAAGUUAUUUGUAUAACUCCUUUUGUGUGGGGUUUGUAACAGACACCGAUCCUCCUCUAUGAUCUAGGCUUGUUCUCAUCCUUAUUGUCUUCAAGCUCACCUGAGCCUUGCACUGUCUGAAACACGGUUGGUUUAUUGGGAGUUAUCCUCUUCCUUGUCUUGUGCAUUAAUGAAACUAAAAAUCAGAUCAUUGGUCAGAAAUUUUAAAAAAAAUAAAAACUUUUUUUGA